CACGAAGAAGAAUCCGCGCCCAUUUCCGGUUCCGGGUCUUGGAACUGAAACGUCGUGUGAACGGCGCCACUAAACAGAAAGUUUUACAGAAAACUUAGCAGUUUUGAGUGUUUUACGCUUAUUAAACUGCAUCGUUCCUAUUUGACUGUUGACAACGCGAGUCUGAUAGAGGAUAAAGGCACAAUUGAAAGGACUGGAAGAUGUCUCUUCCUAAACGGGAGGUGGAGGAGUUGAGACCAUGGGUGGAGCGCACUGUGAAGAAGGUGCUGGGUUUCUCAGAGCCCACAGUGGUUACUGCUGCUUUGCACUGUGUUGGAAAGGGACUGGACAAAAGGAAGACCAUAGACCAGCUGCGUCCCUUCCUCGACGACUCUGCUGGAGGUUUUGUGGAGCGUCUUUUUGAAGCUUUGGAGGAAAGCCGCAGUGCUCGUGGCAACAAAGGAGCUGGAGAUAAGAACCGAAAGAGAGACCUCAAGGAUGUAUUUGGUGAUGAGGCUGAAGCAGGUGCAGUGCGAGAAACUCCAGAUUUAGUAGAUGUGACAGCACCAAAGAGAAAACGAGUCCCUCGUUUUGAAGAGGUGGAGGAACCUGAGGUCAUACCUGGACCUCCAUCUGAGAGUCCUGGCAUGCUCACCAAAAUGCAGAUAAAACAGAUGAUGGAAGCUGCCACGAAACAGAUCGAAGAGAGGAAGAAACAACUGAGCUUUAGCUCUUCAGUCCCCUCUGCACCAUCACAGCUGGACAGCCCUCCAGUCUCUCGGCUUCUUGGCACAGCCGCUGCAGCAGCUACAGGUGGCGGCUCGUCUAUCGCUCCGUCCCAGGCUGCCAGCUUCAUGAACGAUGCUAUCGAGAAGGCCCGCAAGGCUGCUGAGCUACAGGCCCGCAUCCAGUCCCAGUUAGCCAUGAAACCUGGUAUCCUUGGAGCCCUGGGAAACACUGGGCCCCACAACCUAGUGGCACUCGCUAAUCUACACGCUAUGGGAAUUGCCCCACCGAAAGUCGAAAUUAAGGAGGUGAAUAAACCAACACCUCUGAUUCUUGAUGACAAGGGAAGAACUGUGGAUGCUAGUGGCAAAGAGGUCGAACUCACACACCGCAUGCCCACACUGAAAGCAAACAUUCGUGCGGUGAAGAGGGAGCAGUUCCGUCAGCAGCUGAAGGAGAAACCUGGGGACGACUUGGAGUCCACGUCCUACUUCGACCAACGUGUCACUAUUACACCGGCUCAGCGUCCUCGCAGGGGCUUCAAAUUCCACGACCAGGGGCGCUUCGAGAAGAUUGCUCAGAGAAUUAGAACUAAGGCCCAGUUGGAAAGGUUGCAGAAUGAGAUUGCCCAGGCAGCAAAGAAGACAGGAAUCCAGGCGUCCACCAAGCUGGCACUGAUUGCCCCUAAGAAAGAGAUCGGAGACGGGGAGGUGCCCCAUAUUGAGUGGUGGGACUCCUACAUUCUGCCCACCAACAUAGAAAUAACAAGCGACACAACAUUUGAAGGGGUGGACUUAUUUGGUGUGACCAACCUGGUAGAACAUCCUGCCCAAAUUAGCCCUCCAGUUGACACAGAUAAGCCGGUGACGCUGGGCGUAUACCUGACAAAGAAGGAACAGAAGAAACUGAGAAGACAGACGCGAAGAGAGGGACAAAAAGAAGUCCAAGAGAAGGUUCGUCUGGGACUGAUGCCUCCACCAGAACCCAAAGUACGCAUCUCCAACCUGAUGAGAGUGCUGGGGACGGAGGCGGUUCAGGACCCCACGAAGGUUGAGGCCCACGUCAGAGCGCAGAUGGCCAAGAGACAGAAAGCUCAUGAGGAAGCCAAUGCAGCCCGCAAACUCACAGCGGAGCAGAGGAAAGAGAAGAAGGUCAAGAAGUUAAAAGAAGACCUCACUGAUGGUGUUCACAUUGCAGUGUACAGGAUCCGUAACCUGCAGAAUCCUGCUAAGAAGUUUAAAGUGGAGGCCAAUGCCAACCAGCUGUACCUGACAGGCACCGUAGUUCUGCACAGAGAUGUGAACCUUGUUGUCGUGGAGGGAGGUCCUAAAUCCCAGAAAAAGUUUAAGAGGCUGAUGAUGCACAGAAUUAAAUGGGAGGAACACAACAGUAAAAGAGACGAUCCAGAUGGUGAUGACGAUACAAAGAGGAACAACAAGUGCUGGUUGAUUUGGGAGGGCACAGCCAAAGAGCGUAGUUUUGGGGAGAUGAAGUUCAAGCAGUGCCCCACAGAAAACAUGGCCAGAGAACACUUCAAGAAACACGGCACAGAACACUACUGGGAUCUAGCUCUCAGCCAGAGCGUGUUGGAACCAACAGACGACUGAAACCUCAAUCAACAUCCCCUUCUACAACCUCCCAAGACCCACAGCCUCACAGCCAGUUGACCUUCACUGCUGAUUGGCUGCUUUUCAACUGAGGAUAGACUGACUUAAUCAAGAGACUUGAACAAUAAACCUGUCUGGGUGUUUUUGCAAGAAUGUGUGAAAGAUGAGCGUGUGUAUGUAGGACUGGUGCGUGUGGCUGAAUCAGUGUUUAUCUCUUUGUUGGUAGGCUAUUCUGUCAGAAACUGUGUUAUCUAUUAUACAAUCUGACAGAUUGCACUGUGAUGUACAUCACUACCCAAGGUGUUUUGUGAUGACGAGAAAUGUCUGAUUAUCUUAUGACUUAACUUUUGUGAUGAAACCCCCAUGUACACUGAUAAUAACCCCUGUUUCAGUCAAAGCAGUCGAUAAAAACCAUCAGUCAGUUUAUGAUUGCACUGCUAGAAUAAACGUGGAAGAAGUCGAGGGUAAUGUUACAAUAUUGUGAUAAGACGUAUGUAGUCAUUACAGGUACAUUUCAAAGAAUUAAAAGUCCCUGGGUCUGUUUUUUUUUCUUUUCCUUUGGAGAAACAAGAAAAUCUUUGACUUGCCUGUAGCUUUAUUUCUCUCUGAACAUUACAGUCACAGCCUUAAAUAAACAUCAAAACUCAA